AAGAAAGGACUGCCUGUGAUUCUUGCGUCAGCUUUGUUGAGUCUUGAAAGCUCUCUCCCAGCUCGUCAAGUUCUUCUUUCUUCCUCGCUUCCAGAGGCGGGUGGACUUGCUCUUGCUCAACUCCUCAGUGCUCAUUCCUCUCUCCAUCGGAGUUGCUCAUCACCACUUCAACUUCACUCUGAUCCCGAACAACAAACCUCACUCACCUCAAGCCCACACUCGGGCGAAUCAAGACAACAUCAUGAGGUCCCUCCUCACCACCACCCUCCUCCUCCUCCUCUUCGGGCUCCUCUUCACCCUCUCAGCCGCCCAAGCCCAAUCUUCGCCCUCCUCCGCCGCCAGCGCCGAACCAACCUCAACAGCAGCCGCCACCUCCGCCUCCGCCUCCAUCCCACCCACCUCCACGUCCUCCACCCGCCCCUCCGGCACCACCACCUCCUCCCGCCCUUCAGGCACAGCCACAGUCCCCGGCCCCUCCGGUACCAACUACGGUCCCAAAGGCCCUCCGGACGUGCUCCUCCGCGUCCCCGAGCUACACGUCGGCCGCAUCGAGCUAGACGUCGACAACCUCCGGGCCGAAGUCAACUUAGCCGCCGAAGUCGCUUCUUUGGUGACGCUCAAUGCGGGGGUGCAAGUGGGGAUAGAUAAAGUGAACAUCACCAUCGCCGACGUGGACGCGCAGCUGGACUUGGUAAUUCGAUUGGGGAACUUGGUGAAGGUGGUGAACAGGACGUUGUCUACUCUCGACUUAAACCCGGCGCUGGUGAACUUGUUGGACGGCGUCGUGGAUGCGGUGGACGGGGUUAUUGGUGCGGUGGAUGGAUUACUGGGGAGUAUAGUGCAGGGGGAUAGUAAAGUCAAUUUUCUGAUUGAUAACCUGGGAAACAUCGUGCAGGAAGUAGCCGGCGUGGCGGGCGAGGCGACGAGCACCAUUGUGGGAAGUUAUUUGAAGAAUAUGACGUUUACGGGGGCGAUUAAGGAUUUGGGGAAGGGGUUGACGCAGAAGACGUAUAAGUAUGAUGCGCUUGGGAGCUUGGUGAACGUGGUUACGAAUGCGUUGGGGCAGGUGGUGCAGGCUGUUGUUGUUGGUGCUGGUGGGGGUGGGGGUGGUGGAAGUAGUUCGAGUUCGGCGGUGCCAAGUUCGACGAAGGCGGCGAGUUCGACGGGGACGGCGGGUGUGGUGCCUACUUCGACUUCGACGGCUUGAGAUGGGAUGACAGAUAGGAGAGUUAUUAGAUAUGGGAAGUAAUGUGAGAGCUGAUCAGUUGAUGAUAAUCGGAAUCCGAUGCGUGAGCUCCCUUCAUCAUGAAGGCAGCGGAACCUCUCCUACAAUCUUCCACUCCCCUGUCCCUGCACUCCCACUCAUCCUCGCCUCCACAAGUUUCCCCCCCUUCUGGAAGAAACACCUAUUCA